AGCAGGUCUUUCCGAAAACAUCACGUAUUAUAUCUGCAGGGGAACCAAAGUAGUCAGUGAAAUAUUUUUUGUUUUUUGUCUGUCUGUUUGUUUCCCUGUGCACCUAAUAGGCUUUAUGAGAUACUCCGCAUUCCUCGAAAACGAAAUGAAGAAUAAGAAAUGUAUACCACAUUUACAGCUUAUAAGCAGACAAGAAAUUAAACACACCCUCUGGACAACUGAUUAACGUUAUUAAAAUGAGCUGGGAAUGAAAAUCCUUAAUCCUGCGGUGACUCCAGUUCCGGUUCUUUGCAGCGCCGCGCUGGGUUCCGGCUGGAUUCCGCCUGCGCGUGAGAGCGGCUACUUCUGCUUGUUGGUUACAUUGUAUCAAUCUCCCAGCAUUGAAAGAUACAAACAGCCAUCAAGAGAUAUUAGAGAUACGGCGAAAGCGAGUCAGGGAUUUAAAUGGUGGAACCGGUUUGAAGAAUGGAAUUUAUUAUUCGGGAUAUCGAGGAGACGUGUUUUAAUUCCGAAGGCUCUUGAAAUUGAAUUUGAAAAUGCUCUUUAUAGCCGGUAUUUUCAAAUUUGAACGGGAUCUCAACGUGUGAUGGCUGCAGUCCCGUGAACUGGCCUCUUCUCCCCCUUGCUGUUGGAUUUCUUCGGAGUACAUUGAUUGAUCUCUGCGAUCAUUAUCACUGUCGUUACUACUACUAUUAUUAUUGUUGUUGUUCCUUCAAAGAUCGCAUUCUUUAAGUCGUUUGAUUCUUAUUCUCUGGAUCUAUGGAGUGCACUUAAAUAAUCCUGGGUCUGGGUCUGCAAGUGGGGGCAAAAUGUGGGUAGCUGGGACGGGGAUACCGAGACCCUGAGGCCACUGCAAUUUUUUUCCCGCUGCCCCUAGUAGUCUUAGAAGGCGACAGACCUCACUGUGGCAAACCUGGGCCGCUGGCACUAAGAUGUCCCUAAGUGGUGGUCCUGCAGGCGGGAAAGGUGUGGACUCAAACGCGGUGGACACGUACGACAGCGCCGACGAAUGGGACAUCGGCGUCGGCAAUCUGAUCAUCGACCUGGACGCCGACUUAGAGAAAGACAAGCUCGAGAUGUCUGGCACCAAGGACGCGGGAAGCAUGGCGGCACCCCCCAGCGCCGUGGCGGCGUUACCGGAGAACAUCAAAUUUGUCAGCCCCGUGCCUGCCCCCCAGGGCAAAGAGAGCAAGUCCAAGUCAAAACGCAACAAGAGCUCAAAAGACAGCAGCAAGUCCUCGGCUGGAGACGCGGCCAAGAAGGAGGUCCAGGGAAGAGCCCUGGGAGACGGCGCUGGCACGGGUACUGGCACAGUGGGCACCGGCGGCUCCAGCUCUGGGAAGGGCCAGGAGAAGAGCAGCAAAUCCUCACGCAGCAUGCCCAGCAGUAAGAAGGACAAGGAGGGCGGCUCGGCGAAGAGCAAGAAGGAGAAGAGUGAAGUGCUUGGGGUGGUCGGUGGAGAGAAGGACCCCGGGACCCAGGCCCUGGUUCUGGGGGCCGCCCGCACUGCCUCCUUCGAGGCACCUCAGAAUACGGACUUGGCAGCGGCCGAGCAAGUUGGGAAUAUCACCCUCGAGGCUGCGGGGAUCGUCCCGCCGUUGGCUAUUAAAAGCGAGCCGGAGGAUCUGGACAAUGGUGAAUGCAGACCCAUGAAGAAGGUGAAAAACGAGAAGAUGGAAUCUCCGGUCUCCACGCCAGCUCCUCCCCCCCUGCACCUCCUGGCUCCCAUGGCAAACAGUGACAUCGCCUCCCCCUGCGAGCAGAUCAUGGUGCGCACACGCUCUGUGGCUGUCAACACGGCGGACGUGUCCCUGGCAACGCAGCCCGAGUGCCUGGGUCCCUGUGAGCCCGGGACCAGCGUCAACCUGGAGGGCAUCGUGUGGCAGGAGACGGAGGACGGAAUGCUGGUGGUGAACGUCACCUGGAGAAACAAAACCUACGUCGGUACCUUGCUGGACUGUACUAGACAUGACUGGGCACCACCACGGUUCUGUGAGUCUCCCACCAGUGACUUAGAAAUGAGAAAUGGCCGUGGUCGGGGGAAGAGGGUGCGGCCCAACAGCAACACCCCCGUCAAUGAGAACAGCAACUCCUCCGACAACAAGGGCAGCAGCAGCAGCAAGACGCGUGCCGGCUCCAACAGCAAGGGCCGGCGCGGAAGCCAGAACUCCUCGGAGCGCCGUACCCCGCCCAACAGCAACACGGAAGACGUCAAGGCGAGCCCCUCCUCAGCCAGCAAGCGCAAGAACAAACCCACAUCUGACAUGGAGCCCAACUCCAGCUCUGAGGACACCAAGGGUAGCAAACGGAUGCGAACCAACUCCAGCAGCGGCUCGGGCCCCUCCAUCAUGCCUAUCCCUGCUAUCAAGACGGAAGCCUUACCACCUCCUCUGGACCGCAGCUGCUCAUCUCCGGUCUCAUACGACUGCCCCCACCCCAACUGCAACAAGAAGUACAAGCACAUCAAUGGACUGAUACACCAGGCGCGUGCCCACAAUGACGAUGACAUCAGGUUAGACCUGGACGGCGACAGUGAAUACGGAGAAGACUCCACGCUGCACCCAGAACCAGGCAACUGCAAUGGGGCCUCCAUCUCCCAAAAGGGCUGCCUUUCUCCAGCACGAUCUGUGACCCCCAAAGGGAGAGGUUUUGAUACUCAAAGCCCUUCUCCAUCCUCUGGGAAGUUUAGCGCCAAGCCUUCUAGCAAGAAGAAAGUGUGCGACGCUGAUGCAGAUGCUGCAGUGACGCCCAUGGAUGCUUGUGAAGAUGGGCCUUGUCUUACUGACGAGACCAGCAAUGAUGGUAUGGAUGAGAAGAAAGACAAAGAGAAGUCUAAGAAGCCCAGCAGCAGUGCCAAGUCUGACAAAUUGUCACAGAAAGGCCUGAAAUGCACCCGACCUAUAGCUCCUGCUAUACCUCCUCAGCCGCUUUAUGCUUUUCAGACAGCUGCCUUUCCUGGAAGCCCAGGCUCCUCUCCUAGCAUGACUACUGUGGUGCAGGCAGUUCCCAAGAGCCCCCAGCUGAAAGCCAUCCAACCUAAGCCAACAGUGAUGGGAGACCCCUUGACUGUGAACCCUGCCCUCAGCAGCUCCAAGGACAAGAAGAAAAAAGACAAGAAGAGGAAAGAGGUGAAUAAGGAAGGAGAUAGUCCCAAACCUCAGGGAAAAGCCGGGAAACCUGAAGAGGGCAAGAGCCCUUACUCAGAGACAUCUGACCCGGGGGCUAAAAAUGAUGGACUCCUCAAUGGCUCUACAGAUCCCCAUCAGAGCCGUCUGGCUAGCAUCAAAGCUGAAGCAGACAAGAUCUACAGCUUCUCUGACAAUGCCCCUAGUCCAUCCAUUGGUGUUGCCAGUAGGAUAGACAGCGGAGGAAUGGUUCAGCCCCUCACGCCUCUCCAUGUUGUCACUCAGAAUGGAGCAGACAACUCCUCAGUAAAAACCAAUAGUCCAGCAUAUUCUGAUAUCUCUGAUGCUGGAGAAGAUGGUGAAGGCAAGGUUGAUGGUGUGAAGGCCAAGGCUGAAGACCAGGCCAUCAGAGAAGGGGCCAAGAAAGCUCUCUUUCCUUCCCAAGCUUCCAGCAAAGAGUCUCCCUACUACACCAGCUAUGAGACCUACUGCUCCCCAAGCUAUGCUAACCCUAGCCGGGGCUCCAACCAGGGUAUGGCUGAGGGGCAGUCUGUGAAGGCGAAGAAAGAGGAGGAGCAAGAGCAGGGAGAAGAUAAAGGAAAAGGGGGAGCCUUCGAAGAGCGCAAGCCGGAGAUCAGUAUCUCAAGUCAACAACAACAACAACAACAACAGCAGCAGCAGCAGCAACAACAACAACAACCCUCCGUCAUCCAGCAACGCUCCAACAUGUACAUGCAACCCCUAUACUAUAACCAAUAUGCCUAUGUUCCCCCUUAUACCCACCCAGACCAAGCAUACCACAACCAUUUGAUGAACACCAACCCAGCAUACAGACAGCAAUUUGAGGAACGACAGAGGCAGGCAGCAGAUCAGCACCCGUGUGAUUGAGAAGAAGUCUGACUCUACCUUAAAGGAGAGGGAAUCCUCCAUGAAAGAUGAGUGGAAGCAGAAGGCCUCCAUCCCUCCAACCCUUUCCAAGGCUCAAAGUGUAUCUGACCUGGGCAAGCCGCUGCCCUCCAGUAAGCAGAAAGACA